AUGAUAACCAAAUACUACGUUUCAAGUUACUCAGUCAUGAAACAAGUACUGCCGUUGGUCUGUGCGCACUAUACACCUCACGGUACGGACGAAAAGUCGGUUGUUAAUAACACUGCUAAAAAAGAUCACUUUCGUGAACAGCUCGAAGACGGACCAGCCGACUGCUAUCUCGCAGCUUUAUGCUUAGAUCCACCUGUGCCCGAUAUCCUCACAUCGCCAACUUACGUCCGAGUUCUCAAGUACCUCAAGAUUGUGAUUGAAGCCGAGUUCAAGUCCCAACACAACCCCGCUCUCAAAGGAAAAACAGCUGCCGAUGUUCGUGAAGCUUUCGUGCACCAGUUCGAGCGCUAUGCCUUGUUUAAUGAACGCAUGGACAGUCUUAUCAACGGCUUUGGUAGUGCUCAAGACAAUUCUGCGGAGGAUGAUGCUGACCUAGAAGGCAUGGACACCGAGUGGAGCGAAAUUUGGUAGUACCUGUAGCGAAAUUUUCGAUUUUUGGGUCACGUGAUAGUUAAUAACAUGUUAAUAACAUGCUAGUUAAU